AUGAGUUUAACAACUAAACGACAAUUACCAAAUCUAAAUAAUGAAAAAAUUCGACAACUAAAUUCUGUAUUAAUUAAUACAGAAGAUAAUAUACGAAAUGUUCAACAAAAUUUUGAAUCAUUUAAACAAACAACAUCUUUAGGCGAUAAAUUUAGAAAUAAUAGUAGUAAAUCAACAAUACAAAGAAAUAAAGGUGAUCGUUUCAAUAAUGAUGAUAGCAAACAAUCGAUAUUAUCAAAUGAACAUGAAACUAGUAAAACAACAAAACAAUCAUUAAAUUCUAUCGAUUCAAUGAUUUCAUCAAAACACGAUUCAAUUGUUCAAGAGAUUACUCAUUCACGUCACGAUCGACGUUUACAAGAAAUAGAAAAUGACAUAAAACGACAUAGAGAAGAACAACAACAACAAAAAUUAACAACAUCAAUACAUAAUGAUGGUAGUAAAAUUUUUCAAACACGUCGUACAUUUAAUAAACAAAUAUAUGAACUUCCAUUACAAAAUACGAAACGACAAUUAGAAGAAAAUGAAAUAAAUAAAACUUUAUUUACACAACAAAAUUCAGCAACUUUACUCGAUUGUGCUAAAACAAUUCGUGAAAAUGUAACACAAUUUAAAAACCAAUUAAUGAGAAAUGAAAUAGUAAAUGAGAAACAAAUACAAAGUACUGAAGAAUUAUCUUCGUUAUUAAAUCGACGAUCAAGAACAGAACAUGAUCAUGUUCAAAUGGAAAAUGAAUAUCUUAUGAAACAACAAACAAUGCUUUCAAAAUCAGCAACAUUCAAUGAAAUGCUUAAUUUUAAAAGAGAACUUGAAAAAAGUGAACGACAACGUGAAGGACUUUCCGAUGAAUUAGAGUCAUUAAUUAACAUAUGUGAUGAAAAAGACAAACUUAUAUCAAAAACAUUACUUGAAUUAAAAGAAGUAACAGAAAAUUGUGACACAUUUGAACGACAAAAUACUAAAUUACAAUAUGAUUUAACAUUAGCAUUAGAAAAAUUAGAAGAAAUGACUGAAGAAGCUGAACAAUUUGCAAAAGAAUCAACAAAUUCUCAAAAACAAUUAGCAGAUUCUGAACAAAAACGAGAAGAAUUUCAAAUUCAAGCAGAAGAAACAAUUAAACAAUGGAAAGCUCGAGUAAAAAAAUUUGAAAAAGAUAUAGAACGUUAUAAACUUGAUUCAACACAAAUGUUAGAAAAAAAUGAACAAUUAAUUAAAGAAAUCAAUACUUUUAAAUCACAAGAAUUAAUUUUACGAGAACAAAUUACAAAACUUGAAACUGAUCUAAAUUUAGCCAAUACAAAUUAUAAUCAAUUAGAAGAACAAUUUAAACGAAAUGAAAAUAAUAUUAUUCAACUUCGUGCAAUUCGUGCAUCACAAGAAGUUGAAAUUACAACGUUAAAAGAAACAGUCUAUGAAUUUGAAAAGCAACUCUCUAUUCAACGACAAUGUCAGUUAAAAAUUGAUAAAGAAAAACAGAAUCUUCAUCAAUUAUUACAAGAAGAAAUCAAUCAUCGACAAAAUCUUGAUUUAAAAUUAAAACAAUCUGAAAAAGAUAUUGAAACAAUAAAUACAUCUCGUUCUCAAUUGCAACAACAAAUUAUCGAACUUGAAAAUGAACGAACAAAUUUAUUACAAAAAAUUAAAGAAAUAGAAUUUGAAAGAGAUUCAUUAACAAAAGAAAAAACAAAAUUUAUUUCAUUAGAAAAUGAUUAUGAAGAUAUUAAAAGAAAAUUAGAAAUAACUAAAGUUGAUUAUACACAUGGUAUGAAAGCAUUACAAAUGGAUUAUGAAAAUAAAAUUGAAAUAUUUCAAUUACAAUUAUCUGAUGAAACAUCACGAAUUGCUAUGUUACAACGACAUGAAUUAGAACAUAAACAAGAAAUUGAAAGACUUCAAGAAAAAGCAGCAAAAUUUGAAGAUGAAGCAACUCAAGCACACUCUACUAUUGAUAUUUUAUCAAGAGAAAUUAAUGAUAAAAAUUCUUUUCAAACUAUUUACAACGAAAUAAUCUAUUGUACAGAAUGUUUAUCAAAUGAUUCUAAUGAACCAUUUGUUAUUAUCGAACCUGCAACAAUAUCUCGUGAUGAUAUUGAAGUUUGGUUGAGUAAAUUUAAAGCUCAUCUUAGUUGGCUUAAACAAGAAUUAGAAAUUCAUCAACAAGAAGAAAAAAAACUUCGUCAAGAUCUUGAUAAUGCAUUACUUGAUUGUGAAUCUGAUCGAAAAUAUUUUGCAUCUGAAUUAGCAAAACGAGAAAUUAUUAUUAAUGAAAUUACUAAUAAUCGUCAAGUUUGUGAACGAGAAACUUUAAAUACAUCGAAUGAAUAUAAACAAGUCGAAUAUAAUAAACAUCAUAUAUUAACUGAGGAUGAACGUGAUCGUAUUGAUGAUCGAUAUCGACAAUUUCAAAUUAUGAUCGAUUCAGUUAAACGAGAAUUACAUACAGCAAAAUUACAACUUUCAGCUUAA